UGCGUUGGGUUUUCAGCAGCUGUUCCUUGUUUAUGUUGUAAUCGCAGUUAGUUGCUAUUCUCGUUUAUGUUUGCACGCAAUUAACGAUUUGCAGAAAAUGUUGGACCUGGAGAUUGUGCCCGAGAGGUCUUUGGGAUGCGAAAAUUGGGAAUUCAUCCUUGGGAUGCACUUCUCCCAGGCAGUGUCAGUGAUUCAGUCGCAGAUUGGCGUAAUCAAGGGAGUGCACGUACUGUACAGUGAAAUGGAUCCCCUGAAUACUGAUCUCAUAUUAGAUCUCACCCAAGAUGGGAUUCGACUUAUCUUUGAUGCUGUUGUUCAAAGACUCAAGGUCAUCGAAGUGUACAACAUGAAGCUGGUCAGGCUCAAGUACUGUGGCGUUGUCUUCAAUUCGCAUGAGACUGUUCCGACCGUGGAACAGAUCGAGAAUUCGUUUGGCGCCACUCAUCCUGGCAUGUACGACAGUGGAAAGCAGCUGUUUGUCCUUAAUUUCCGUGGUUUGACUUUUUACUUUCCUGUCGAUUCAAAGUACCAACCGGAUUAUGCCCUGGGUCUUGGCUCACUGCAAUUUCCCAGUGGAUCAAGUCCCGUGGUCAGCUGCAUGGCCAUAUACUCGGGUAACAACUCCUCUGAGACCAAGGCGCCUCUUCUGCCUUUGUGUGUUUACAUGAACAAUGUUUAUCUGCAAAAGGUGGAGGUCAUCAGGGAGGCUCGUAAAACCUCUGGCCUUCGCCUGCACCUUUACAGCGAAGGACCAUCUCGGUUCUUGGAAUAUAAGAGCCAAAACCUAACCAAAGAAGUUUUCUUUGGGGACACUUGCCAGUCCGUGCUCAGUUCUUUGGGCACCCCUUCUCGAGUCUUUUACAAGUCCGAGGACAAAAUGAAGAUUCAUAGUCCCAACUCUAACAAAAAGUCGUCCGACGCUCAUUCAGACUACUUCUACAAUUACUUCACUCUAGGACUUGAUGUUUUGUUUGACUCCAAAACUCAACGGGUUAAGAAGUUUGUGCUGCAUACAAACUUUCCCGGUCACUACAACUUCAACAUGUAUCAUCGAUGCGAGUUUGAGUUGGUUCUCCCCCAAGACAGCAGAGACAAUAGUAAAAAGCUGAUUAAUAUCCCCUGCCAGACAGUGACGGUGACGACCUUCACUCAAUGGGAUGCGAUCUCAGAACAAAUAAGCCCCAGCGAGCGGCCAGUGGUGCUAAAUCGAUCUUCUUCGACCAACACAACAAAUCCUUUUGGAUCAACCUUCAGCUACGGCUAUCAGGACAUAAUUUUUGAAGUGAUGCCGAACAACUACAUUGCCUCCCUUACCCUGCACAGUGAGAGUGAAUAACACAAGCAUUGCGCCCCUCUGCACUAGCUGAUGUGAGCACCACUUUCUAUUCAAACUGGUUCAAACAAAUCAUUUUCAAACCACACAGUCUUCCCGUUUGGAAUAACAAUACUCAAGAGUUGUGCAGAGAGGAGCAUUAGACGUUCGUUUUAGAUAAGUCUAAAUAAUAGACAUUUGCUAUUAAAUUGAUUGCCUAUUCGUCUUGGAUUCAUUCCUCCAUUCAGUGAGCAAUACUACAAUUCUUUGUGCAAAAGCGAAGUAAUGACAAAUCAUCAAAAAGUAAACUAUACCAAGUAUAUAAUUUUGUAUUGGAAAAAAAAUGAGACAGAAGUUGAUUAAUAUUAUUAUGCGAUAAAUUCUUUCUUUUUGCUUUAUUUUAAUUUUUUGUGAUAUUUUAAUGCUAUCAUUACAAUGACUUUAUGAUAAGCAUAAUUAUAUAUUUUGCAGUGCUGAUAUUUCUAUGAUUGUCUUCAAUCGAUAGUCUAUAUUUAUUUUAAUAACGAAUGACGUAGGCUUACUUAACAUUAGUUGAGCGUUUAUUUAACAGUGAGUAAUUGUCUUAUAUGAAUUAGCAGGCACAAUCAAAUGAAACAUCUGAAAUGAAAAUAUAUAUCUCCACUUUAAUUCUACUGUUCAACAAUAAUAAGACUCCAAUAAAAACUUAUACUCAAAAAAUAA